CAUAUCUCCAUGGAUUCUCUGUAAAUCUCAAAGCACUCAGCUUUCAAAGCUCUCUUCAAAAAGAAAAAAAAUCUAUUUUUUAACUAAAAAAAUGGAGAAUUACUCUUAUAACUCAUACCCAGACUCCGGCGAAUCUUCGCCGCGAUCCCGAGAAAUCGACUUUGAAAACCCACACCCAUGGGAGGACCAACCGCAACACGCUCAGAAUUACAAGGCGAAGUUCAUGUGCAGCUAUGGAGGUAAGAUCCACCCUCGUACUCAUGACAACCUGUUAGCUUACAUCGGCGGAGAGACCAAGAUCCUAGCUGUGGAUCGCACUAUCAAAUUCUCCUCCAUGGUUUCUAAACUUUCCGCUCUAUGCGGCGGUGGUGACGGUGAGGUUUCGUUCAAGUACCAGCUUACCGGCGAAGAUCUCGACGCCCUUAUUUCUGUUACAAACGAUGAUGAUCUGGAGCACAUGAUGCAUGAAUACGAUCGACUUUAUAGAGCCUCGGCUAAGCCGGUGAGGAUGAGGCUUUUCAUUUUUCCACCGACUGGUCUGGCGAGUUUCGGUUCAGAAGAGGCGAAAUCUGAGCGCGACCUGUUUGUCGAGGCUUUGAAUUCCGGUCCGACUCCGGGUGUCGAAAAACACGCCGCGGUUCAAACGAACAAUAUGGAUUACUUGUUUGGGCUCGAAAAGGGGAUGCCUCCAUCUUCUCCGGUGAGAAUCGUCGAUCCGGCGGCGGAUCCAGUGAACGCGCCUCCUACACUGGAAGCCGUGGCGGCGGAUCAUGGUUUGAAUCCGGCUGAUUUUCAGAGGCAGCUACAAGAAAUGCAGAGGCUUCAAAUCCGGGAUCAAGAACAGCUCGCUAUGUAUCGAAAGAUGGCUGAAGAUGCUGCUUCCAUGGCUUAUUCCGGUGAAUAUUACGCACAGAAGUUACCUGAAAAAGCGCCGCCGGUGAACGUACCGGUAAAUUUCCAGCAACAUGUGCCGGCUACAGGUGGAUUCUGGUCGGAUAAGCCAAUUUCCGCAGGAGUUUUCCCGGAAACCGUGACUUCAAACCCCGGCCCGCCGCCGCCGUCCGAACAUCCCGUCUACAUGAUCUCAGCUCAAGGAUCUGCUCCGGGAACUGUCUAUCACGUGCCUCCACCAGUUUCGGCUCCAGCACCUGGAGCACCACCGCCACAUAUGGGUCGACCUGUACCCGGUCAAGGCUACUACACCAACGUACAAAGAAUGGCACACCCACACGAAUUCUACCGGGAGCAACCUGUUUACAACAUGGUGGCACAACCUCCGCCGGCUCAACAACACCCGCCAAUAUCCGGCAUGACGCAGCAGAUGGUGAGGCCGCAGAGCGGUGGAGUAUCACCGGAUGCUGCAUACGCACACAUGGCGGCGUACGACAGGCAGGUUUAUUACACUGCGCCGGGAGGUGGUGUGGUGCCACCUCAGUACCAAGGCGUCGGCAUGGCUGUUAGUGGUGAAACGAGAAGCGGCGGCGAGGCUAAAUUGCCAAAUAAACUCACUCAAGGCUCAGUUUGAUUUAAUUAUCAAAAGAAUUGGUGAGUAUAUUUUAUCAUUUUCAAUCCAUAUUUCAAUCCGUAUUGCUGCGUCUUGUAGUAUAUCAAGUACAAUUUCAAGUUAUUGCCACUUAAAA